GCGGCUAUAAACGUCCGAUAUACCUGGUUACCAGCGACGACGACAUGGUCGAUAACGUGGCACCUGGCACGAUAAGAUUCGGCCUCAACCGCUACUGUCGAUCGGGUGUCACGAUCCGGUUCGCGUCGUCCAUGCUCAUCAACCUGAAGCAGCGCCUAUUUCUCCCAGCACAUACCACUAUCGACGGUCGGGGGGCACGUGUGGCGAUUAACGGCGGCAUUGUGGUGCACAAUGUAACCAACGUGAUCAUACACAAUGUGGCAGUGGGCAAUCUUCCUGGCGACCAUGACGUCAUCCACAUAUCCAAUUCCACACGUGUAUGGGUGGACCACUGCGCUGUGUACAACGCCAUUCGGGGCACUGUAGAUGUCGUAUACGGCUCUACAGAUGUCACCAUUUCCAACUGCUACCUUCGUAACAAGAACCUCACCAUGCUGCUGGGAGCAGAUGAUGGGGACAUGAACGAUGCCAACAUGCGGGUAACAGUCUACCGCAACUGGUUUGACCAGUCAGGCCAGAGGCAGCCCAAGGCACGCUGGGGCCAGAUACACGUGGCCAACAACCUCUACACCAACUGGACCUACUAUUGCAUUGGUGGGCGGAUGUAUGCCAACAUCAGGUCGGAGAGAAACAUUUUCAUUGCCGGCACAAAGCGGAAAGAAGUCACACCCUGGUUUGGAGAGAAGAGCCUCCGAACGGCUGGGUUUGAUAACACGCCAUCCAUUCGAUCGUACAACGACCUGCUACUGAAUGGUGCUACAUUUCACCAGUUUACUGGGUACACACGGCCAUUCCUGCCUCCUUACGCGCUUGAUAUUCACCGUGCGGAUAAGGUUCUGGCGGAUUUCGUUCGUGAGAAUGCAGGGCCGCAGGUGGGGAGAUUCACGGAGCUGGCUUGUACAGAACUAACCUGCAUUCAGCAAGGGGAUGAGGUUUAG